GCCGAGGCUUCGGGUGUCGCUUCUGGGGAGGACUGUUUUGAUGCAGUUAGCAAAAAUGUUAAAAGGGACGUUUAGCUUUAGAAACAUCGGCAGACGCGUGUAUUUGUGAAUAUUUUCUUAUUUACCGGUACGGCUGUGCAUACUAGAUAAGUCCAAAUACGUAGCUUGAACAUAUGUUCGCGUUUGUUUUCACUAUCAUCGCAUGCUACUGUUUUUAGCCCUAACCAGCUGGUAUGGCGUGAAUUCCGCAAACCCAAAGAACCAAUGUCAAGAAUGCGUCGAGCUAGCUAACGUGAUAUUUUGAUACCGUCCAAUGGUUAUUUUUAGCUAUGAACGCUACGCCCUCGAGUCUACCUGUGUGUGUGUCGUUUUCUUCUGGACCGUACAGAUAAAGUAGCCGCCUCUCACUCACUGUUCACAGGUCGGGACGACCCGAAAUGGACGCCCCAUCCCCAUCACCCCUGACAGAUUUCUAGCGGUGACACCGGCGACUCCACUCCGCCACGUCCUGGCCCUGCUCACAGGCAACAACCCAAACCGUGGCUGUCUUUCUUUUCUAUGACACAUCCAAUUUAUGCCCAGCUAGAUUCGGUAGAAUCGCUGUUGGACGAACUUCCAUAUAUGUUUUAUCUGGGCCUGUUCUUUGUGAAUGUCCUGAUCCUCUACUAUGCCUUUCUGAUGGAGUACAUCGUCCUGAAUGUGGGGAUAGUGUUUCUGCCGGAGGAUAUGGACCAGGCGCUGGUGGACCUCGGGGUGCUGUCCGACCCGGCCUCUGUCCCUUAUGACACGGACACGGAGCUGGAUGUAUUUGAGGGGUAUCUUGAGUGACAGGGCGGCCCUGGAGGAAGAUAAAGACAGUGAAGUGGAAGUGGAGGUGGUGGUGAUGAUGAUGAUGCAGAGGUCUGGGGCAGAUUGGACCAGCGUGAACACUCCCUGGUCAGUGAUGUGGGGAGGACAUGCCUCACAGUGGAUGCUGUUGCUGCCUUUUUCUCACACAGACAUAUCAGUGAAAAAGUUGUCUCGACUUAAAAGAAGGUAGCCUGAGGAGGAGACUCGGCACCACUGGCCACAUGAUUAGCGACUGUCUCAUGGGACUCUGCACUGGAUCAGCUGUCAGUCUGUUGCCAUACUAGAAGGAAUAGCCACACCAAGGGGUUAGCACUGGCAUCUGUGUCCUCCACUUUGGACACGAUGAAAGAAAGCACCAUGUGCUGCAAGUGCUCAGAGACAGCUAUUCCCCGUGGAUGUAAAAUGAAUGUUAACAGAGAUGUGGAGCAUGACUCAGGUUGUCUGCAGUGCAGCCAGUUCAGAUACAGUCGCCUGAUGUGUCUGGUAUUUACACUGAACAAUCACCCAGGCUGUGCAGGAUCUGGUGGCCAAUUGCUGAAGGAAGUGAAUCAAAUCUUCACACACAGUCACAGUGUGAUGUCCUACGCAGUGUGACAUCUCAGAAGAACUGGCAAACAGCGUGAGAACGAUGUCCACUUUAGGUCCGUUGCAUUACUAAAUCACUUGCAGAACUUGUUUUAACUGUUUGUCCUUUUAAGUUUUCAGAAUGCAUUGGUACUUUGCAGGCUCAUCCUUGAGGUGUAAUUUAAAAAAAGUGUCUUUUGAGGUCAUCUGUAUUUCUGCUUCAGGGAUGUACACACUCUCAGGAGUACAGUCAGGAACUCUGGUAAGACACUGACACUGGACACAGGCUGUGAAACUGUAGAAUAUAUGAGAGCCCUAAUCUUUUCAAGCUUUCUCAUGAACCAGAAACACCAUAUCACACCUGCCACACUAUUCAGUAUAAUGUAGAAACUCCAAAAGUAUCUAGGGAGAGUUAUUUCUUUGAUACAGUCUGUCUUCUGAUGAUCUAUAUCACAUUCGUAAUUGGGAUGACAUGCACAUUUAAUUUUUCCACGUAAAAGUGAACAGCAAUAGUUAAGAAAGCUGUGAUCGCAGCUGUUGUCUGUAUGAGUCAUGUCAACGGCUGAAACCUCACAUGAAAAAGAACCUCAGAAGAAGAAGUGCUUCAGAUAUUUGACGUUUUCAUCCUCUAUUUGUUGCAUUCAUGUUUGUUCUUUUAAUGUUAACAAGUGUGUGUUAGACACAGAGAAAAGACUCAACGCAUGAUAUUGGUUGUGUGUGUGUUUUUUUUAAGAGAUUAGCUUUGGUUGUCAAAAUUCUGUUUUAUUGCACUUUCUUCUGUUUUACUUUGUUAUGAAAUUAGAAUUCAGUUAAUUAAAUGUAUAUUCUUGGCAGCAAUAAUAAACUGGAUUCAAGCAGUGCGGCAGUUCAGUAGUUAUACAAAUGAGCUCAUGCACAGAAUAAGGUAAUCAGUUGGUUAAGUGUGGCUGUGGAUGGGUGGAAGCAAAGCACCUCUAAAGGGAUAGUUCACUUGAUUUACUAGCUAUUUGUAAGCCUUGAAAGUACUGUACAUACUGUAGGUCUGUGAAGAGCACCUAAAGCCAAGCUGAUUAACUUAACGUUGAUUUUGGAGGCGAUGCAGAGGAACCAGUAUUUUCUCACAGCAUUCAGCACCUGUCUACCAGAAUAAGCAAACUGUGCAAAAUAAUCAUUGCGAUGUGGUGCACAUGCACGUUUCAUAUUCUAAUUAAGCUUUAGUCCAGAAUUUCAUUGCCUGACUGUCAGUGUUUUAAACGUAACAUUCUGUGGACAACCUUUCAUCAAGAUGGCUCACUGAAUAUAACCAGAUAGUUGUCCAGAAAAGGCCAUACUCAAACUCAAGAACAGGGAUGUUAAAAAAUAAUUGUGUCAAAGUUUAGCAGGAAACUAAGGAGACUUCGUAUGCCUUGCAAGACUGUUUUUCAGAGUUCAGCCAGUAUUGAUUAAUCAUGGCUGAUAACCAGAUUCUUUCUUCCAUUUGGAUUAAAGCUGCCUGUAAGCAAUAUAUUGUGGUGACAUUUACAGUGUUUGGAUUGGAUUGUUUGUGCAUUUGUGUGUCUGUUUUGGGCAGGACAAAAGUCCGUCUGAAACAGCACUUAGAUCACGCGGCACUAAAGCUCAGGAUACUAAUAUUCAUUAAAUAUUGUUAAACAUGUUUGUGUGGAAUUUGAUCAAACAAUCAUGUGAUCAAUAACAGGAAAGGGCUUGCUGUUGAUGAACAGUGAAUCAUGUGUAAUCAAACCGCAUUAUGCUGGAGGUGGAGAGCAUUAAAGGGGUAGUUUGGAUUUUUUAAAGUGGGACUGUACGGAGUGCUUAUCAAUAGUCAGUGUGUUGCAUACAGUACAUGUCUGUCAGCAUGCCCCCAGUUUGGAGAAGCAGCAGGAGUAUCGACACGGAACCGAAGCAAUGCACUGCUGUGGAUGGGGGCCAGCAGCAAAACAUAUUUUAAAGAUGUCUACAGCAGUACAUUGCUUAGCUUCCAUGUCAGACUCCAGCCUGCUUCUCCAAACUGGUGGCAUGCCGACUGACAUCUACUGUAUGUAAUACACUGACUAUGAAUUCAAAAGAUCCACACUAUCCCUUCAACACGCCGAUGCCCAUAUGAUGAGUUAAGUAAUUCAAAUAUUAAAGUCGCUCCCCAUAUACUAAAAAUCAUUUUGCAAGUGAAGCUGUUUGAUGGGGAGGAUCCAUGUUUUGUAUUUAAACUGUUAUAUCACUGGUGUUUAGUUGCAGGUAUGAGACUGUUUGUGCCAUUUCCCAGGCAUGAUACCACACUGUGCUGGUCAGGUUCUGAUCAACUCUGUUCACAGCAUCUUAGUUUAAGUGGAAACCCCAUUAGACUCCGAAAGGACUGUGACACAUCAUCAACAUACAGCCUUUACCCAGUGCUCGUGUCAUCCCUCCACAUCUGCUUCUUUGCAGACAUGCACAUGCUAUAAUAAGCUAUGGAUCGUAACAGAGUUUUAUUUUCCAAUGUGUAUUUAAUAAACUUUGAGCGAAUGCCAA